AACAUUAUGUUUAAAUGUCAGAUGGAUGGAAAUGGAAAAAAACAAUGUGAGUGAUAAGUGAAAAUAUGGCAAAAUCUAAAAGUUAAGUUUUAUUAAAGUAAAGUUUAGGUAUAUGUUUUAUCGACUAAGUUUCCUAAGUUUUAUAAUAUAUAAAAUAAUGACCCACGUCGAAAAACGCCAAAGUCGCCCAGGCAAAGAGGCAAUUCAUUCUGGACAUUUUAUGGUAUCGCAAUUCGAAGCUGAAGAUCAGGACGAUUUUGAUGACCUAGCUAUUCCUGUACCUGAUGAAGAACAAAACGCCCCUAAAGAAUCUGCAGUAGCCACCUACACAUUGCCUACGACCUCUGAGAUAUUUCAACAUUCAGAUAAAGAAGAUAGUAAACAACAUCAACAACUUUCUAUUGAAAUAUCACUUACAAAAUUAUUUAAAUGUAUGACUUUAGCAUAUCGACAAAAACUAACCUCACCAAAAUGGAAUCGUUUCAAAGGUAUAAAACUCCGGUGGAAGGACAAAAUAAGAUUAAACAACGUCAUAUGGAGAUGCUGGCACAUGCAAUUUAUAAAGAAACAAAACACUUUAGUCUGCCAGUUCGCAUCGCCAUUGGAUGUUGACACGCAUGUGAAACCAGAGACAACAAUAUUAGAAGGCAAAUAUUGGAAAAGAAGAGCCGAAGCUGUGAUAGCGGAAUAUAAAAAAUGGCGCAUGUUUCAUAUUAUGAGGCUCUUCGGCAAGGGGGACACCUCUGUCCAGGAUUCGAUGUCAAAACUAUGCGGUUUUCAGAUGUCGGACAUGGACACCGUCGAGUCUCAGUGCAGCGACUUUGCUGCCAACAUGCUCACCGAUGAGGACUACCUGACCUUCAUGAGUGACACACUCUUUUCAACCAUCACAAAUCAUCAACCUUUCGCAUUUCCAGAUUGCAGGGAAAUCGCCAGAGGUGCAAGCUUAGCUGAUUUCAUUCAACCAAGCUUAGGUCCUCUGCAACCAAAUCUCGAUGAUUUGAUGGAUACUCUUGAACCGUUCCAAGAUCUUCUUUCAAGUUCUCGCUUGCCGCCUGUACCGGAAGAGACGACAAUUUCUUCUGAAGAUCCCUUAUACAGGAGUGGAAUGUCAGUAGAUUCUUAUAACCCACAGAACUAUAUUGCUGACAAUCAAAAUACUACAGUCGCAAUGCCUACCAGUCAGAUGACUAUUCAUGGUACUAACAGUAACACCCAAAUGAUAUCGAUGUCGGAGCCAGUAAAAAAUGAUCAAUUACGUGUGUACAAUGGACGUCUGUUCGCGACAUCAGAGUUGUCUAAUAAUAUUCUGGGCACGCAGGAAAUGUUGCCGUCGUUUCCUCAGAAUACUUACGAACAGCAAAAUGCAACGCAUCCAGAACAAAUGCAUGGUAACGUCUACGCGAGCAAGUCGCCUCGAGUACAGUUUGUAAAUACGCAAACCAAAAUUCUUCCUCAACAAGAUACAUGCUACCCUAAAUACAAUUCCGCUUUACCGCCAUCACAGACCGCGCCAGAAACUGUAUCAUUGCUUCAGCAGCCGGUACAGAAUUCUAAAUAUGCUUCUACUUUAGUAAUACAAGGAAGAAGUGGAUAUGGUCGAGAGAAACCACGGUCUAGGCUAAGUCAUUACUCGGGCCAGGUGACGAACAACCACUACCAGGGUUACUCGCAACCUCUGCAAAACCAAGUGCACGUGGCACCGCAGAACUAUGAGGUGCGGCCGUCCGUACGACACUCCCCUCCCCAAAUGCAGUACCUGCAACCGAACCCGGUAGACUUCAAGGCGAAAUCUUCACCGAACAGCGUCAACACGCGAUCAUUCAAAUUGCCUUCGCCACCUCUAGUGCCGGUAACGUCGCAACAGGUGCAGGUUGCGGUGGGUGUCAACGUGGUGAGCGGUCUGAGUGCGGCUAGUGCGAAGAGCGUCCGUAACAAGGAGCAGUACCGUUCGCACAGCUUGCCGCUGGGUGCACAGCUCGGCGCAGACUGGGUGGUCAGCGCGCCCGCGAACACGCAUACGCCCUCACACACGCAUACGCAUGCCCACGCCCAUGCGCACUCGCUCGACGCCUCCAGCACGCACGCCUCGCGAGCGCGCGAGGUGACUCCCGGAGCCAUUCGCAUCCGGUCGAGGUCAUCGUCCAGUGGUGUGCCUGCGGAGGGCGCGAGUGGCGGUGUUGGCGGUGGCGGGGGUGGUGCCACGCGCCGCCCGCCGUCGCUCACGAGUGUAGCCUCCGAGCCCACGCUCCCGCAAGCCAGCGUCAUGCUCGCGCAACUUCUCUCAGCCCAACACUCUCAAAGCUUGUAUAAAUUGAAUAACAGCGUAGAGGAGAGUGUGGGCGUUAGUGAUCCCACAAAGUCCCCCAUCCUCAGAGGACAGCCCUCGCCCAUUGGGAGUGAUAUCAUAUCGCCACACCAUUCGCGUGCGCAGUCGCUGUCGCCGCCGGGUUCGCCGAGCUCGGAGCGCGCGGGGUCGCCGCGAGAGUCGCGCGAGGCGCGUCGCACGCAUCUUCACGCUGAACAGAAGCGUCGAUACAACAUCAAGAAUGGUUUCGACACGUUGCAGGCGCUCAUACCACAUCUCAACACCAAUCCUGCCGCUAAGAUUAGUAAAGCUGCCAUGCUACAAAAAGGGGCCGAGUAUAUCAAGCAGUUGAAGGCAGAGAGGAAUCAAAUAAAAGAAGAAAUGGAAAGUUUACGACAGCAGAUCGAAUGCUUAAAUAAUUCCAUUUCCAACUGCCACUCGCUGCUGCCGGCGACGGGCGCGCCCGUGUCGCGCGGGCGCGCGGGCCGCCUGCGCGAGAUGUUCGCCGCGCACGUGGCCGCGCGCACCGCGCACAACUGGAAGUACUGGCUCUUCAGCGUGGUGAGCGCGGCGCUGGUGGAGUCGUUCAGUGCGUGCGUGUCGUGCAGCAGCGCCGCCGACCUCGUGCGCACUACGCUGCUGUGGGCCGAGCAGCACUGCUCGCUCGUCGAGAUGCGACCCGCGGUUUUGAACUCGUUACGAGUCCUCUGUACGACGACCGACAUCCUGACGAGUCCAGAGCGACUUGCGGACGAGGCGCGCGCCGCCGCCGCCGCCGCCGGUGUCAAGCGCGAGCCCACGUAGCGAACACCGCCGACACCGCCGACACCGCCGACACCGCCGACACCGCCGACACCGCCGACACCGCCGACACCGCCCACACCACCCGACAUCACCAGCCAUCUACCGACCUACCGCCCGCCCGACCAAUAGUGAGAAUUACACCUGAUGCGCAUGAAUUGGAUUUAUUUCGCUACUUUUACCGCAAUCGUUAUAUUUCAUUAUUCGAUAAAUAUGUUAAAUAUUCCUAUGAUUUGCUCGUAAAGAUGUCUGAAAGUUGAAACUUAUGUAUCAGCGUAAUUCUCGUCGAAAUGGUCAUAGUGUAAGUUUAUUUGCAGCUCGUUAGGUAUUAAUUAUGAAUUGAACCGAACUUCGCUUCGUGUUCGUGUAAAUUUGUCUCGACGAAUGUAUUCGAUGUACUUUAAUAUUAGUAAUAGCGCUAAAUAAAGGCGGCGUGAAUCGGCUCUGAGUAAAUGUCCUAAAAUUUACCGUGAAAUGUUGAAUUGAUUAACUAAAUGUUAUUUAAUUAUAUUGCAUAAAAUAAUUAUGCGUACUAUUCAAAAUAUAAUUGCAUAUACAAUUAAUUGACAUUUAUUGUAUAUAUUUGUUACAAUAAAAUUAAUUAUUGAAAAAUAUAUGUGAAAUUAAAUUAUAACAACUAAAUUAAUUGAUUAUUCGAGGCAUGCUAGAGAACAUGAGGUGCGAUCGCGAUUAAAAACCUGCUCUGUACCUAAAGUAAUUAAUACUCAACAAAGGUGUUAAUAAAAUGGCGGUGUUUCCGGCCAUAUAUGAAUGUGUGCAAUUGUUUUGGUGUUCACGUAUUGAUCUUAUGAUCGAAGCGCACAAUUUUGGUAAUUUUGACGGGUAACGGUCGAGCUUAAACAAUUCCGUAGUAAAAUUAAAGUCUUAUGAUUAUCUGACAUUGUAUCAAUAUAAUAUACAAUUAUUAAAGUAUAGUUAAUUAUAUUAGCUCAAUAAUUUACAAAAAUCAACGAAUCUUAAAUAAUUAUGUAUCUUUAAUCCAAUUAUAAUAUAACAGAGCGAAUGUAAAUACAUACGAAUAUUCAUAAUAAUGAAAACGAAUCAGUGGCUUGCUAUUGUGCCUUCUCUAUUAAUAUUUGACGAUGUAACGUUUAAGCCGCUGUAGUUGCUACCAAAGAUUGCAAUAUCCAAUCUUAUGACCACCGCGCGGGGACUCAACGUCCCAAGUGUACCGCAGGUUCGCGUCAGCUGUCCCGUCCCGUUGCAAGUGAAUACCAAUAUAGUCAUUAAGCGAAAAAAGAGAAUUUAUUAAAUAUGUCGAGAUUUAAUUUAGAAUUACUGUAAGUAUAUUUACGCGAGUAAGGUACUUUAAGUAAGUAAAUAUUUUUAUAUGGUUUGUGUCGUGACACAAAUAUUUUUAUAUAAACUGUAUAAAUCGGUGCCAACGUAAAUAUUGUUGUAAUUUGUUAUAUAGUAAUAUAAUUGUCUAAUGUAUCGUUGACUCUGGUAGCACGUUGUAUUUGGAGGCGCUUUCGCCCUCGAGUGAGCUUUAAUGAGUUAUUUGCAAUUGUUGUUCUUAUGGAAAUACAGUUUGAAAUGAAA